AUGCAACAACAGCAACAGUCGCAGAUGAACCACCAUCAACAGCAGCCACCAACGGCGCCGCCACCCCACCAUCAUCAUCAUCAUCAUCAUACGCAUCAUCCAGCGGCGGCGUCGGCCGGUCCACUGCACGGUAUGCCUCACGGCGGACCGCCCCAUCUGCAUAACAUUGCUGCACAUCAGCAGAACCACCACCAUCCGCAACAGCAGCCGCCCCCGCCACAACAGGGUCCUCCGCACCAGCAUUAUGCACACCCGCAUACGCAGCAGCAACAGCAGCAGCAAUUGACCUUUGCCGAGACGACCAAGUCGACCAUUCUCAAGACGGCGACAGCGGCCGGUGGUGGUACUGGCGGAGCGGCUGGUGCGACAGGUUACGUUCUGCAGGAGAAUUACUAUAAUUCAGCUACGGCGGCCUCAUCGGCUGCGGCAGCUGCCGCACUGAUCGGUCACUCACCGUACGGUGUUGGAACGGUUGUUCCACCGAUCGGUGCCGGCACUGCUGGUGUUGGUGCCACAAUAUCGGCUAGCAAGCCUCGAUUCAAACUCUAG